AUGUUUAUUAUAUUAUUCAUUACGCACAUACUAAUUGAUGUAGCUAGCACAGGAACAAUAUCUCCAUCUAUUUUCAAAGCCUACUAGACAACAGACACUUCUUUUACAAAUGAAGUAACCUCACUCAAAAUAAAUACGCAAUAUCUCAUCAGGUUUGAAUUUGAUUUGCCAACUACCCUAAGUGUUAGCACUGAUUACAUUAGAAUAGAUGUAUCUGGGUUUAAAUCCAUGGCCAAGUUCUUUUAAUCAUACUAAUUUACAAAUCCCUCUGCUGAUGGAACUACUUUCCUUGAGUUCAAGGCUGAUACUUCCACUAAAAUUCAAACACCACUUAUAGUGUUUUAUGCCACUACAGGUGCAUCAACUAAGCCACAUACAUGUUCUGCCUAUAGUUAUAGAAGCGGAGGUACAACACUUGACACGAGUUCACCUAAGACAUUCACAAUGACAGGAGGAACAAUAACGUUUAGUAGCUCUAUUAGUGUACCAAAUAAGGUUUUUGGAUAAAAAUCUUUUUAUGUCAUAAGCCUCAACUUUGAAAACUCUUUAUCAGAAGGACCCAAAUCAAUGACUUUCCCAAAACCAUCAAGCUUAACAGCUGGCACUAUUAUAUCCUGUUCAGGAACACCAUCAACUACAAUUGGAUGUACUUGUGACUCCUCAUCAGGUUUGAUAAAAAUAACAAAUUUAGAUUCAACUAAGACUUAAACAAUAUCUUUAGAGUUUACUAACCCUCCUUCUCCAACUUCGAGUGUUACUUUUAGUUCUUUUAUAACAUAUAUUGACACUUUUUAAGUUGAUUCAAGUAGUACCACUUCAGUAGUGACUGGAUACAAUGAUGGAAUAAUAACAACAUUAUAACUUGAAAGUGGAUCAUACAAAGUAGGUUAAAGUGGUUCUUAUUUAAAAUACAAAUUUACAAGUUUAAAUGACAUUGUAACUGGCUCUAUUAUUUAAUUAGCUUUACCUAGUGAUAUUCAAUGGAGUACAACAUCUCCAUCCUGUAAUUUAAAUUCGGCAAAUGUAAAUACUUGUUCUUAUACAGUUAAUUCAGAUUAAACUAACUCAGUAACUUUAACUUUAUCAUCAUCAAUACCAGGAGGUACAUCAUUAAUUUUAACAAUUAAUUCAAUAAGAACUCCAUACACCUUUAGCCCUGCCACAGGAUUUUCAUUUAUGAUUACUUCAGGUGGUGGUAUAUAAUAUGAUAAAAAUACAAAUUUUGGAAGUUUAACUAUGACAGAGUAAAGCGGAAUUACUUUAGCAUAUUCUAGCAGAUCAGAUGAUAAAAAUGGUGCUUAAUCUACUUAUACAAUUUCAACUAAAUUUGAAACUAAAUAGCCUAAAUGGACUAAAAUAACUUAUACUCUUUAAGGAUAUGAUUUAAGCAAUGUUAACGCAGUUAAAUUUUCUGGUUUUCCCUAAUUCACAUCCCCGACUACUUUAUUAGUUAUUAACACAGCGUAUACUAUUACAUUUUAAUUCGAUGAUGAUUUGGCUGAGAAUUAAAAUUAUGAUACAUUAAUAUAUAACAUCGUAAAUAAAGAUAGUGCAGGUACAAUAACAGCUGAAACUACAAAAGAUAAUUUUAAGAUUUCAACCACAGAUAAAGGUACUGCUGCUACAUUGCCAAGUGCUCUUCCAAAUGACAUAUCUUUUUAGGAUAUUAUUUAAGAAAAAUAAUUAUUAGGAGUUGUAGAUAGUUAUUAAUUUGCGGUUACUUUAUCUAAUUCACUCCCUACUGGAUCUACAAUUAUUGUGACUAUGCCAGAUAACUUCUCUACUGUUUCACAAGAUUGUGCAACAUUUGUGGAUAAUAUUAUAGGAUUUUCAGUUGAUACUUGUUCAGUUAACAGUAAGGAAAUAACAAUAACGAUAAAGACUGCAACUACAGAUAAACUUAUACAAUUUCAAUUUAACAGUUUAAUUAGGAACCCAAAGAUUUAUUCAUCUAAUUAUCUAUUUAAUAUUAGAACAUAAAAAGGAACAAAUAUCAUUGAUGAAUUGAAAAGUUCAGAUAGGUCUAAAUUAAUAUUUAAAUUAUUGUGUACUCCCACUCCUUCAGCAUUUUGUAAAGAAUGUGAUUCUUCAGGUAAUUGUUUGUCUUGUUAUUCUGAUACUUCAAUAACUCAAAAUAUUUACUUUUUAAAUAAGAAAUGUUUGAGUACUUGUGGAUCAUUGUAUUAUAGUGACUCUAGUAAUAACUGUAAAUCAUGUCCAAAUUAUUGUUUAGAAUGUACAAGCAGUUCAUUAUGUUAAAGCUGUUUUGAUGAGACAACUUAGGAGAUUAAGAAUGGAAAAUGUGUUUUGAAAUGCACUGAGAAAUAAUUUGAUUUUAAUGGUAUAUGCACUGCUUGCAACGAUAAUUGUAAUACUUGUGUUGAUUAAAGUACUAAAUGUACGUCCUGUGGUGAAACAAAUAAUUUACUAUAUCAAAACAAGUGUGUUUCUUAAUGUCCAACAGGAGUAUUUUAAGUUGGGUUUUCUUGUAUUGCAUGUACUUCACCUUGCAAAACAUGUGACACUGGUCCAACUGUAUGUCUCACUUGUGUUGCUAACUAUUAUUAUAAAAAGGCAUCACUAAGUUGUGUUUCUGAUUGUGGUAAUAGAUAUUUUAAGGAUGGAAGUGAUUGCACAUUAUGUUCUGAUCCUUGUAAUAAUUGUUUGAGCAAUACUAUAUGUAUUGAUUGUCUCACUGGAUAUUACUUUUUUAAUAAUAGUUGUGUAUCAACAGUACCAAAUGGUUAUUAUAAAUCAGGUACUACUUUGAAUAAGUGUCCUGACAUUUGUGGUAAUUGCAUUUCAGAAACCGAAUGUACUUCAUGUCCAACAAAUAAAUACUUGUUAGCAAAACAGUGUUAAGAUAAAUGUCCUGAUAAAUAUUAUUCAUAAAAUUUUGUAUGUUAUGCUUGUGAUACCUCUUGCUUAUAAUGUUCAUCAAGCACAGUAUGUACUUAAUGUCCAGAGAAUUAAUAACAUUUGACCGGUAAAUGUUAUUAGAAUUGUCCAAAUAAAUACUACUCUUUAGAUUAUUAAUGUUUAGCAUGUUAAUCAUCAUGCGCUACUUGUGUAAAUGGUCUAGAAUGUAAGACAUGUCCAGUCAGUUCACCAUAUAUGUUGAAUAGCUUAUGUGUUUAGUCUUGCUAAACCAACUAUUACAUAAAAGAGUAUGUUUGUAUCAAAUGUGCUAACGAGUGUGCUACUUGUGAUGAAAAGGGAUGUCUCACUUGCGUGUAGAAUUACAAACAGUUAGAUUAAACAUGUGUGACUUCAUGUCCAACUGGAUAUCAAGAUGUACAUAGUAUAUCAAUAAAAUAGCUGAACAAUAUAAAUAUAUGUGAGAAAGUGACUGAUACAGAGUAACAGGUGAUAUCCAACUUAUAAGAAAACAAAUAUAUACCCAUUCCAUUCACCAUAGUUUCUUUAAUUAUGAUUUUAAGUGUUGUUGUGGCUAAAAUAUAGAAAACAGAGGUAUUGUAUUUUAGCAAUUGUAGACUUUUAUUCCAGGAUCAGCUGUUGGUUUAUUAGGUCUAAUCAUCAUAGGAUCAUGGGCAGUGUUACUACUCCUACAAUUGGAUUACCUUUUGGAGAAGUUGGAAACUUAUUUACUGAUGGCUGCAAUUGGAGUUCAUAUACUAUUAAAUCUCAUUAAUUUAUGUGUUGUUAAACAUUGUACUUAAGGUGAUACUGCUUUCAAUUUAUGGUAUUCAGCAAGGAAAUCCAAUUCGUGUGCAUACAUCUUUUUAAAUUUAUUGUCAAUUCUGAGUUUCUCUAUGACAAGAUUUUACUUUUCUAGAUAUUUCGGGUUUAGAUUCUUGAAAUGUAAGUUAUCAGAUGUAGAAAACAUGGUUGGUAUGAAUAUCAUCAAUGGACUCUGUGCAUUUGUAUAAUUAAUUUAUCUAUUCAUUUUAGUUUUGCUGUAUUCCAGCUUUAAUAGCCAGUGUACUUCUUGCAUAUAGAGAUCAAUUAAGAGAGUAACUAUUCAUCAGCAGUAUUGAUUCAUUCAUAGUAACGAUAAUCUUCGGGAUCUGUUUAAUAUGGGAAACCCAAAAAGAAGAGAACUUUUUUGAGGACAUCAACUAUGCAUCAGUCUCACAGUCACAUUAAGUCAUUCCUGAGUUUUUUUAAACUAAUCGAUCAAAGUAAUCCAAAAGGUUUUCCUUUGAAGAUUCUAUAAAUGGCUAAAAGUUCAAUCAUCAUGAAUAAGACGAGGAACCAUCCUUCCCUAAAAUUGAUGAAUCAAUUGAAUACAAAGAUCCCAAUUAUAGUAGUCAAUAACCAUUUCAGAAAAUGUUACAAAAAAAUUCCUAAUUCACUUUCAAAUAAGAAAUUCUUGAUCCAAAACAAGAUAAUUCAAAUAGAUAUCAAGAGGAAGUGAUCUUAUAAAUGCCCAAUAACGAUGUGUCUGAACCAUUAUCGAUUGGAGAAUCAUAAAGAGACUAAUUAGAAAUGCAAUAGAAAUAGACACUGGAAUAAUAGUAAUAAUAGAAGAUUUUCGAAGAAUAAUAAAGAAUCGAAUUUGAAAAGCAAUAAGAACAAUUAAGGUAAUUAGAAGAAUAGAAUAAAAUAGAAGAUUAAAAGAAGAAAGAAAUACAAAAAUAAUAGGAUGAACAAUAAAAACAGGAAGAAAUUAGAAAAUAGGAGUUAGAAAGAGAGGCAGAACUCAAAAGAAUAGAGGAAGAACAAUAAAAAUAAGAAUAAAUUAAAUAAUAAGAACUCGAAAAAAUUAGAAAAGAAAAGGAAUUAUAAAUCUAGGAAGAAUAAAAAAAAUAAUAAGAAUUAAUAAUUUAGUAGUAGUAAGAAGAAGAAAGGAAAGCAAAAUAAAAGGAGGAACAAAGAUAAGCAUUGGAGAAAGAAGAAGCUUUGAAGUUAGAAAAAUAAAAAGAGGAAGAAAAAUUGGCAAUUCAGAGAGAGGAAGCAUAAAGAAUAGAAAAAUAAAAGGAGGAAGAGAGAUUAGAGUUGGAGAGAUAGGAAGCACAAAGGUUAGAACAAUAGAAGGAGGAGGAGAGAUUGGCUGAAUUAAAUUAAAAGUAAAAAAUUGAGCAAGAAUAAAGAGCUGCUGAAUAAUAGAAAAUUGAAGAAGAAUAAUAGGCAGAACGAUUAAGAUAGGAAGAAUUGAAAAUUAAGGAAUAGGAGGAAGAGGCAAAAAGAAUUUAAGAGGAAUAGAAAAAGUAGGAAGAAUUAGAAUAAAAAAAGAAGGAUGAAGAACUUAAUCAAUUAGUAGAAGAAUAAAAACUAUAGGAGCAAAAAGAAUAGGAAAUGCUUCAACGAUAAAAAUAAUCUAGAUAGGCUGCUGAUUAAAAUUCAGAAAUCGAUGUGAUGUAAAAUGAAAUUGAAGAUUUGAAAUAGGAAAUUAAUGAAUUCGAUCAAAAUAAUCACAAUAAAUUGAAUGAUAUUAUUUUGGUGGAUUAAGAUGAUGAUGAUGUUGGAUGGGAUAUAGAAAAUGAAGAAGCCGAUGAUCAAGCUUAUGAGUAAGGUGUAACUGCAUAAUAAAAGAAAUUUUAAAAGGAAAUUAUUUAAGAUGAUAAAAAUGAUGCAGAUGAUGAUUGGGAUGUUCCGACUUCAGGUUUUGUAAGCGUAUAACCAAAAUCUUAGUUAAAAAAGGAUUAAUAGAUUGAAGAACCCAUUAACCCUUUUAAAGGAUACAAUUAGAAGUAGGCAGCUGAAUCAGAUCUUUUCAAAUAAUCAAGAGAUGAUUCAGAUGAUGAGGAUUGGGCUGCUAAUUAAAUCUCUCCAUCUGAAUUCAAUAUUCUGAAUUAAAGAUUUGAUCAUGAAAAGCAUUCUAUCACAUAGGCUGAAAGAUCUAAAAAGUUUUCCCAAACAGGUUAAAAUUUUAAAUCUGUUGUCAAGAGACCAACUCUUCCUGAUCCUUAAACAAAUAGUGAUAAUGAAUCAAUAGACUAGUAAUCAGUGUUUGAUUAGUUCGCUAGAAAUUAAUUAAACUAGAUACCUAAAAAACAAAAUUAAGGAUUAAAUAAAAUAUAUUUAUAAAGGUAGCAGAUCAAAUAGAAAGGCGCAAAUAACAUUGGAAUUAAUGAUAUUAAAUUUUGA